CCAGCCAGGGGUAGACUGUCAGAGGAAGUGAAAUCCCACUGCGUUCAUCCUCCCUGUGUGUCCCCACUCCCUUCUGCACUCGUGACUGUACCUUCCUUGGCACCAGCAAGGGUCUCAGUCCUUUGAUGGUACAAUGGGGAGGGGCUUCCCAGGAAAAGGUGAAUUCUCUAAACUUUUAGUGCUGAUGAAGGUCUUGGAUUGUUGACUCUGACACCAACCUCUGCUGCCAGCGCCCUGAUCCAACCCUCGAUGCAAACCUGCCUAUUGUAGUAGCCAGGAGAACUUAGAACAUAGAUGGUGACGGAGCCCAAGCAUGGACCCGCCAAUAUGGGUGCCUAUAGCAUACUCGUGGAAAGAUCACUCAAAUCUCUUGUUCCUGGGGACAGACUCUAUUCCUUUUUGGUCCAGAGGUCUGUCAGCCUGUAUCCCAACCCCCAUUGAGUCCUGAGCAGAGUUCCCCACCUCAGGCUUGACUUCUUUUGACUGCUUUGUCUUGAACCCCUGGGAAUUCCUCAUCCCUCUUGGGGUAGUUUGGCUCGAGAAGUCACUUCCCGUCUGUUAAAUGGAAGCUAGGAACCUGACCCAGACAGAUGAGGUAUCCUGGGGUAGACCUCUUUCAAGGGCUUUUCCUUUAGGUUAUAGGGUUGUGCCCAGGCACCCAAAGGCAACCUGGGAGUGGAGACUGAUUUCGGAGGCUACCAAAAGUUCCUAUUGGAAUCUUUUCUGCCCUUCCCUCCUAGAUUAACUGAAACCUGCUAAUUGUGGCUGCCCACACACGUUCCCCUCCCCCACAGCCUCCUUCUCUCACCCCUCCCCCUUUCAUCAGAAUGAUAAAGAAAGGGCCUGGCCUGCCUGUCCCAGCAUGGCCUCGGGCUGGGACCCAGCCUCUACUUACAGUCCUACUACCCUGAGCCCCCAGUUAGUCCAGGUCCCGGCUCAGGGCUACCUCCCUUGUAUGGGGCCUCGAGACAACUCUCAACUGAGGCCUCCAGAGGCAGAGUCUCUUUCGAAGACCCCCAAGAGGAGGAAGAAGAGAUACCUACGGCAUGACAAGCCCCCCUACACCUACUUGGCCAUGAUCGCCUUGGUAAUUCAGGCCGCACCCUUCCGCAGGCUGAAACUGGCUCAGAUUAUCCGUCAGGUCCAGGCAGUGUUCCCCUUCUUCAGGGACGACUAUGAGGGCUGGAAGGACUCCAUCCGCCACAACCUUUCCUCUAACCGGUGCUUCCGUAAGGUGCCCAAGGACCCUGCAAAGCCCCAGGCCAAGGGCAACUUCUGGACGGUGGACGUGAGCCUGAUUCCUGCAGAGGCGCUGCGCCUUCAGAACACUGCCUUGUGCCGUCGCUGGCAGAACCGGGGCGCACACAGAGCUUUCGCCAAGGACCUGAGCCCCUACGUGCUCCACGGCCAGCCUUAUCUGCCACCGAGUCCCCCGCCACCAUCUAGGGAGGGUUUCAGCAUCAAGUCCCUGCUAGGGAACCCUGGGAAAGAAUCCACAUGGCCCCAACAUCCUGGGCUAGCUGGACAGAGCACCCCAGCUCAGGAAGGCACGUUGUCAAAGGGGGACGAAGGGGUGGGCACUGGACCCUCCGACUCCUCCGAUAAACCUCCGUGGCCCCUCUGCUCCCUUCCUGGGCCCACGAGGAUAGAGAGGGAGAGUUCCCAAGGGGAAGUCAUCAGGCCUCCCCUUCCCCCAGAUCAAGGCUCCUGGCCCCUUCACUUACUUCAGGAUUCGGCAGAUUCCAUGGGAAUGUCCAGGAGGGGGAGCAGAGCUUCCCUGUGGGGACAGCUACCUACUUCUUACUUGCCCAUCUACACACCCAAUGUAGUAAUGCCCUUGGCCACACUACCUACCACCUCUUGUCCCCAGUGCCCAUCUUCAGUCAGCCCAGCCUACUGGAGCGUAGGCACUGAAUCCCCAGGGUCCCAGGACCUGCUCUGUGAUCUCGAUUCCCUCUUUCAGGGAGUACCACCCAACAAGAGCAUCUAUGAUGUGUGGGUCAGCCACCCUAGGGACCUGGCAGCUCCCGCCCCGGGGUGGCUCCUUUCCUGGUACAGCUUGUAAUAUCCUAGGGCAGAAAGGGCUGCUUCUCCCUUCCACACAUGGAUACCAUCUUGAUGAACCGGGGCUAGGAGUGUGUCCCCAGCAACAGCUUUAAAACACCAGGCACAGCCUUGCUAAAAACCCACAGCUUUAAUUAGGUUACUCCAGAAAGGGUUUUGUCUCUGCUAGUUAGGAAGGUCUGGCCAGUCAUGCCUUCGACACUCUGACGGGCAGGGACCAGAUCUGGAGAGUGGGGCUCAGCCUGGAUAGUGCUUCCUCUUGAUCCCACCUUCUCAGGCCCUCAAGCCAUCCAUCUAUCUAUCCCUCUGUCGCCGUGCCUUCCUGGCUCCAGGCUGGGGGAGGGAGAACCAAAAGUGGGUCCAACCUGAAGUCUUGCCCUCUCUCAACUGCCUGGGUAGAAGGUAGCACCUUUCGGGGAAAGGGUUAAGAAAUUAAAGACUAGACCAUACGCGAUUUUGGUGUAAUGGAAGUAGGGGAUUGAUUAACAGUAAAGGAAUUUACAACAUUUUAA